GAUUAAUUCAUGCUGCAUCUCUUAUCAUUGUUUCCGCUGUCCGGCUUUUGAUAUUUCCAUCGCAGAGGGCAUAUGGUUCCAAGACCGGAGAAUUCGGGGAUCAUUCACAACGGCUAAGCGGAUAUCUGCCCAAAUGGGGAACAGAUGCCCGCGCACAUUCGACAUCAGCUCAGUUGGAUGGAACCAGGGGGCCCUAUACCAUUGGAAGGUCGGGUUCGCUCAUGAUCUUCCAAUACAGAAAUCCCGCAAGCCUGAAUUGUUCGUGGUCCUUGAUUAUUGAGGGUGACUCAACGCACAUGCCUGGGAGCGCCGUCUCCGUGACUUGGCAACUUCCCGUGCGAGGUUCUGUUGACUAGGUAUGCGCCGUUAGACAUCAAUCAGAUGAAAGUGUUGUGGGUAGGCCGUAUCAGUCCAACUAAUUGGGUAUGUGGACGAGAUCCUUGUCUCUUAAGCACCGAGAACGGGCCAUUGCAUCUAGCUCAUUAUUGCGGUGGGAUGAAUGGCCGAGAGGAGACAGCGGUUCGAACUGCCCAGGAACACGUGGAGAGGCCGCUGAGUUGUGUGGAGUUGCCGCAGAUCAGUAGGAUAGGCACCGGAUCGACCCACAAGGUCCAUAAUGAGUGUUGCCAGGUAUAGAUUGAAGUCAACGGUACCGAAGAUCGACCCGACGUCGAUCGUUGCUAGAAGAGGCUGGCAGCUUGCCGGUCUGGCGAUCACCGUUUACAUCUAGGUGCAAACAGUCCAUGACAGCGAGACGCGAAGGUCUAUUUGUUGAAGUUUCGACUAUCGACACAUCUCAGCAUGUUCUGGUCUGCCUUGUCAUGAAUCGGCUUGUAAGGCAAUAAGUCAUUGUUCCCCUGGCUGGUUUCUGAUAAAGUAGAUCAUGUCAGUUCAAGGCAACAGCAUGUAGGGACCCG